GGUUACAGGGCUGGGGCUCAGCACCUUUUUAAUUCUUCAUCGCGUGGCUGAUUGAUCCCCCCCGCCCCGCGCAGACACUAAAGAUUAAGAGGGUGACAAAGAGGCGGCUGCUUACACAGCGCCCGCCGCUAAGCCGCCUUGAAGAGAGCAAGGCAAGAGCCCCUCUGGCCGCAGAGCUGCAGGAGCACCCACCGCCUGCCAGAGCCUCCGCGGGCACCCGCAGGGACGGCAGGCCGGGAUAGGCCGGGAUGGCUGCGUCCCCCGCGGGGUCGGUGGUGAGCGCCGGGCUGGAUGAGAGUCCCACGGGGCUGAGCCCAGCCCCUGGGAAGGAGCUGAGCCCGGUGCUGCUGUGCAAGGUGUGCGGGGACACCAGCAGUGGGAAGCACUACGGCAUCUACGCCUGCAAUGGCUGCAGCGGCUUCUUCAAGCGCAGCGUCCGCAGGAAGCUCAUCUACAGGUGCCAGGCAGGGACAGGGCUGUGCCCAGUGGACAAGGCUCACCGCAACCAGUGCCAGGCCUGCCGGCUCAAGAAGUGCCUGCAGGCUGGCAUGAACAAGGAUGCCGUGCAGAACGAGCGGCAGCCCCGCAGCACGGCCCAGGUCCAGCUGGACAGCAUCCAGCUGGACGCUGAGCUGCCCCCUGAGCACGUGGCCACCACCUGUGAGGUCCCCCCAUCACCUUGUCCGGCUCCUCGUGGUCCUGGUGCCACUGUCACCCCGGGUCCCCGAGCGCCCACGCCACCCACCAACCAUCGCUUCAUGGCCAGCCUGAUGACGGCCGAGACCUGCGCCAAGCUGGAGCCCGAGGACGCUGAUGAGACGGUGGAUGUGACGGGCAGUGAGCCCGAGCGGGCAAGCGGCGAGUACCAGGUGGCGCCGUACCCGGCAGCCAGCCCCGAAAACAUCUACGAGACCUCAGCACGUCUCCUCUUCAUGGCGGUGAAAUGGGCCAAGAACCUGCCCGUCUUCUCCAACCUGCCCUUCCGUGACCAGGUGAUCCUGCUGGAGGAAGCAUGGAGUGAGCUGUUCCUGCUCUGUGCCAUCCAGUGGUCCAUGCCCCUGGAGAGCUGCCCGCUCCUGGCUGUGCCCGAGCCGGGCCCUGGGAAGCUGCUGCCGGCCACCCUGGACGUGCGGGCGCUGCAGGAGACCCUCGGCCGCUUCAAGGCCUUGGCUGUUGACCCCACGGAAUUUGCCUGCAUGAAGGCCGUGGUGCUCUUCAAACCAGAGACCCGUGGCCUGAAGGACCCUGAGCAGGUGGAGAACCUGCAGGACCAGUCACAGGUGAUGCUGGGCCAGCACAACCGUUCCCACUACCCUGGGCAACCCGUCAGGUUUGGGAAGCUGCUGCUGCUCCUCCCAGCGCUGCGCUUCAUCUCCUCGGAGCGCGUGGAGCUGCUCUUCUUCCGCCGCACCAUCGGCAACACCCCCAUGGAGAAGCUGCUGUGUGACAUGUUCAAGAACUGAACCCCCUUCCGCUGUCACCUGGCUGGUCUGUCACCCUGCGCUGGCACCCUGUCACCCCCGCCCUGGGCUGUGAAGGUGCCCGUGCUCCCAUCUCUGGGGCAGUGUCCAGGACCAUGGAAUGCUGCCGGCAGCGGGGAGGGGAGCAGCUUCCCUGGGAUGGAAGGGGGAUGUCCCCAGGUGCACUGGCAGCGCCUCAUGGGGUCCUUCCCGAUGGUGUCCCAAGUGCUGGAGGAACCCAGGCACAGGCACCCUGGCACCAUGGGGACCUGGUGCCACCUUGGGGACACUAAGCCAGGGAUGAUGCCAGCUGGGUGUGACAUCAGCCAGGGUGACAAGAG